GCAGUAUGGUGUUGCAAGGUUGUUGUAGGUCAUGAGAUUUAGCAAUAAACAAUCUCUUAAGAAAUAUUGCUCAAGCAACAAAAAACAGCAAAUGAGCUAUGAAGUAAAGAAAGUUGCGUUGUGCCUCGUGCCAGAAUUCGAGGUAAAAUGAGAAUUUAAGAUGAGAAAUGAGUGUUGUCCCCAUGACGUAAUACGUAAGCUGCGAGCUGCGUGGAAGGAAUCGGGGCUAUCAGCGGUCGUCGCAAAAUGUCAUCUUGUUAAAUGUAAAUUGGCGCAGAAACUUUCUAAAGAAAUGUAAAUUUGUGGAUUUGGAAAUGUGAAAUGCAAUGCGAAAAUUCAAAUUUGGCGGGUCGGGAUGACGUGUCAGAUGACUUAGCAAAACGUCGAGAGUGCGAUCGACUCCGCGAUGUAAACGAAACUGAAAAGCUGUGUCUGAUGUCGCCGUGAAAUCCGCCCCCGACGAAACCGUGCAACAACUCGGAGCAGCCGAAGAUGAGGGCCAUGUAAAGUGGUUAAAAGUGCGUCGAUUCGGACUUUUGUUUCAUAUGCCUUUCUGCAUUUGUGGCGUGAAGAGUCGACGGCGCAGCCGUUGGCGUGAUCAUGUUUAUGUAGGGCGCAUGCGCACAUCAGUUUACAGUUGGGUCUCGGAAAAUGGCGUCAGCUAAGUUUCUCGAGGAAGCACUGAGUACGGAUGUGGACGAAUCGGCCGUGAGUGCAAUCGUGGGCUCGUUGGAGAACCAGCUGGUGACGUCGUCGACGACGGCGCCCGCGUCCGCGGCCCAGAACCACGUGAACAGUGCAAUAUCCAACGGCGGCACCGUCGGGCCCCCCAAGCACUCGACAGUGGCCAACGGCGACUCCAUCUCGGACGCCAAGUCGGCCGACGCCGCCCCCGUCAAGAUCGUCUACUCGCAGGCCAUGGCGGGCGCCGGGACGCUGCUGCCCAACGCGAGGGUCGCGCUGCCGCCCAAUGGGACGCUGCCCCAGGCCGCCCCCGGCAAGCAGCCCACGCUGGUCAUCAAGACGUGCGGCGCCUCGGCCCCCGGACUCGUCACCGUGCCCAUGAACGUGACCACCUCGGUCCCGCCAGCUAACAACGUAGGUAGUCCCAGUACACAGUCCCCAAACAUCCUUUCCAACCUCCAGGUUGUCAAUGUACGGCCUGGCGUUCCCGCUCAGCAGCAGAAAGGACAACCGGCACGUGUCGUGCUCAGUGCACCACAGAUUGUCGGGGCCCGGCCAGGAGCUCCACAAUUAACAUUACAAACAUUUCACGGUUUGCAACCCGGCCAACAAGGUCAUUUGCUUCUCAAGACUGAAAAUGGACAGUAUCAGCUGUUGAGGGUGGGACCACCCCCAGCCACUGCAAAUCUCACAGCGACUUCGACUCCUGGAGGACAGCCAGUCACGUUGCGUAUGCAAACGGUCGCUGCUGCGCCGACAAGUUCAGCAACUACCAGUCCAGCAGUAGCUGGUGGGACCACAACGGUCUCGAGUCAAGGUCAGACGGUACAGACUGUAACGACUGUUCAGAGACCGGCCAAUGACAAUACCAAAGAAAAGUGCCGUAAGUUCCUAGCAAACCUUCUAGAGUUAUCAAGUAAAGAACCCAAGUCAGUUGAACGUAGCGUAAGGACACUUAUUCAAGAGUUAAUCGACAUGAAAGUCGAACCAGAAGAUUUUUGUGACAAACUGGAAAGAUUGUUAAAUGCAUCGCCACAACCGUGCCUAAUUGGGUUUCUAAAGAAAAGCCUCCCUCUGCUACGUCACUCACUAGUAACGAAAGAACUGACGAUAGAUGGGAUCCGUCCUCCGCCCGCCAAUGUUGUUUUCUCAAUAGCUAGCGGCUCUCCAACAGUGCAGACCCAAGUCCGACCGGGCAUAGCUUCCAACCAAGUGCGAAUAGUAGCCCCAGGUACUGCAGUUGUUAGACCAGGUCAGGUGCUCCAGCAACGGCUGGUAACCCCAUUGCGGGGCGCCGCACAACAAACUCCCAGAAUGAUGACGACGAUACGACAACCAAACGCAGCAGGAAAUGUGAUCGUUUCCAGUUCACAACCACCAGCCCUCCAUCCUGUCUAUCCCAGCAACCAGGUCAGAGCUGGUAGCAACAUACGGCAACCCUUACAGAAUAAAUCCCCAAUGACGUCGAUGAAGCUCCAAGGAAUCAAACCCGCAGUGCCUUCGAUAGUUUCGCGACCUACCAGCAAAGAAAAGGAGAAAAAGUCAUUCUCGGCGGCGUAUACCGGCGAUGACGAUAUCAACGAUGUGGCCGCCAUGGGAGGCGUUAAUCUCGCUGAGGAAACCCAGAAAAUUUUGGGGUCGACUGAAUUCGUCGGCACUCAAAUCAGAUCCUGCAAAGAGGAAAUCAUGUGUUCAAUGGGACCUUUACAACAGAAAAUUAGACAGAUUGUGAUGAAGCACGGGCUUGACGAGCCGAGCGCUGAUGUCGCAGCGUGUAUUUCGCACGCGGCACAGGAAAGACUCAAAAAUCUCAUUGAAAAACUGGCCAUCAUCACCGGACACAGACUGGACAUCGUCAAAAAGGACUUGCGAUACGAAGUCACAAACGACGUCAAAGGUCAGCUGAAAUUCUUGGAAGAGGUGGACAGGGCGGAGAGAAAAAGACACGAAGAGCUGGAGCGGGAGAUGCUCCUGAGGGCGGCGAAAAGUCGGUCGAAAACGGAGGAUCCUGAGCAAGCCAAGCUGAAAGCGAAGGCGAGGGAAAUGCAGAGGGUGGAAAUGGAGGAAUUGAGGCAGAGGGAAGCAAAUGCGACGGCUUUGCAGGCGAUUGGACCGCGGAAAAAGCCGCGACUGGAGGGAGACGGGCAGUCGAGUUUAUCACAAGGCAAUGCCGGUGGAUUCAACAGCGGACUGAGAGGACAGAUGCCAUUGAGACAGCGAAUGAAGAAAGUGACGUUGAGGGACUUGCAGUUUCUGUUUGAAACUGAAAAAGACCUAUGCAAAAGUAAACUUUUAUACAAAUCAUAUCUUAAGUGAUGCUCGCCUCUCGUCAGUGUUGUGAUAUUCAGAGACGUCGUGGGUGCCCUAAAUUUGUUUUUAUUCUCAUCUUCUGUUAUUGUUAUUUAUUAUGAUUUUUCAUUUUUAACCACUAAGGUCAUGUAAACAAUAUUUUAUCUUUUAUCUAGCACAUUUUUUUUAUUUCUCAUGAAUAGCGUUAUCCACUCCACUACUCUUGGUUAGCUUAAAGAACAAAAUUGGUUUGCAUUGUUUUCAGUAUUGUUCAAAAUUUCCAAUGAAAUGUUUUGUAUCAAAACUUUCCAAACAGUUUUUAUAAUAAAUGUCAAAAAUACGUCUAGAGACUGCGCAAUGCAAGCUUCAUAUUUUCCUACUUACAAUUAGUCAUGAAAAAUUGUUUAACACAUACUUUUUUGUUGUUAGUCUCAAAUAACACGAAGUGAACAGAUAAAGUAUCGUAGGUUUUUCUACAGAUAUGUAAGGGUGUAAAUAUAUUGUAGAUUUUCUAUAAUGAUGUGAGUUUUCUUUAUAAGAAAAUAUUUUAAGAAGGUCAUGUUAAUAAUUUGUAAUUAGUUGUAUAAUUGUUUUUUAAUCUAACUAUGGAUAUAGAUAUAUAUAUAAUUUUUGUUAUAGAAGUAAUAUUUAAUAUAAUAAAUUGAUUAUUUGAU